UGUGGUCACUUGCAUAUAAAGAAUAUUUUCUGAUUAUUUAUUUAGUUUCACUUUUCUUGCCAUGAAUGUUGCUCCUAUGUCGGUCUGUACAGUUUGGGAGAUAUCUAGACUGACUAAUCCCCCAUAUACCUUCUCAGUUAUGCCCUGUUGCCCUUGGUUAUGACCAUCAUUCAUGCUCAGUUCAACUGCAUAUUGAUUGUUCUCUUUAUUGUGUAUGCAGGCAUGUGGGAAAGUGAGUGUGCCGUUGCAUAGCAACCACAGGGUCAGAGUUCAAAGAGAAACCAGGAACUGAUCAGAUCCAUGUGGGAGCAGAACAGUACAGGAUGUUACCCACUUCCUAAAAAAAAAAGCCAGAACAUUUGUCUUCCUUUACCUACAUGUAUGUGCUACACAGCUGAUUGUACUUAGCUUUGUGGGAAAACCCCCAUUGGCAAGUGUAAAGAUCCCCAACUUAAGAAGAUGAAAACGAUAGUCGGUCUGCUCUUCCUGUACACAGUUCAAACUAUUCAUCUUGAAGAAAUAGUGGAUACCACUUUAGUACUCAGAAGUACAAUAACUUUGGACUGCAGCUAUUCAGGCAAUGCAACCGCUAUACAGUUUCACUGGUCGAAGGUCAAUGGAACGUUUGAAGAAACAAUAUGUACUAGGCAUCAAAGUUAUGGAAAAUACAUUUCAGAAAAGUACAUGAGUAGACUGUCAUUUGUAGUUGAAAAUUCCGCAUCAGAUGUAUCUAUAAUAUUGAAAGAGACCUCAGAAGCAGAUAUUGGGAUCUACAUCUGUUAUGUUGCCCUUUUUCCAACCGGAACAGUGAAAAAAGUAAUAGCAGUGCAAGCAGAUGAUUUUGGUCAUAUUGAGCCUUCAUCACACCAGUCCUUUAAAGAAAACGCUAGCAUUACUUUGAACUUCCUAUACACCUUAUUGGGAGAUGUGAAGCAAGUGACUGUACAAAAAUUUACAAGUGGGAAGAUUGACUUAGUUGCAUCCUGUGCACAUGUAAGGAAUGGAAGAACACGCCUGUCAUAUGGUUUUGAUUUUAUUCAUCACAGCUUUGUGAACUGUUCAAACCUUCAAAAUAUUACUUUAAUAAUCCAUAAAGCAUGCGUCACCGAUGAUGGACUCUAUCAGUGCCUUUUUUGGUCAGAUGUCAAGACUCAAACCAUCUCCAAAAGGGUGUACUUGCAGAAAAAGGGUACCACUUCAUUUAGCAUGUUGGCCUUAAUAUGUGGAGCAUCUUCCCUUGUUAUUGUUGUGAUCUUCACGAUAGCAGCUUUAUGUCUUGUAAGUGUUUACCAACGAGAAUGCCACCAAGUGUUGCAAACCUUGGCAUGCUCGGAGUUGCAGUUUUGCAAAAGCUGGAGGCACCCUGGAAAAAGAAAAACAAGAAAAUCCAGGCAAAACAAGUAAAUGUCAGCUUCAAUUCAACAUAUCCUCAGCUUCAACUAGACACUGGUGAUGGAGAGCACGUGUAUGCCAAUUUUGUAUCCAAUACAUCAUUCUCAAGAUCAUGGACUUAGAAGUGGAGCCUAUAAAUUAGGAUCAUGUAAUGGGAGGCAACAAGACAGCUAUAAACAAAAUUCCUACUUUAUAGGAAGAUGACUUAUUAUUGUAUCUAUGAUUAGAAGGAAUGUUUAAAAUAUUGGAAAAACAUUUUUAGAGUUUGGGAUUGUGAUAAAAAAUGAACCUAUACUCUGUAUACUCCAAUACCUGUUUUAGCCCUCACUGCGCCCAGUGCUGCGGCCUUGGUUCUAUCUUUUGGCUAGGUUUACUAUAUGCUUUUUUACCCAUGUCACCACUGAAGCCAAUCAGUGGGCUCAGUGGUAUUUGGCUGCUUCAGUACAGUAUGCUUAUGUUUUGCAUAAACAAUGUAACCUAGGGGUGGGUGGGCAUCUAGUUAGUAAACCAUACAUAUGUUCAAAAGGUUUUGUGGUCUCCAAAUGGUUCCUGAUCAUGCACUCCUUAAUAUUUAUAUUUCAACACCAAGAAGGAAAUGUUGUGGAAUUAGGUAAAACACAGGAUCAGAGAUAUGUUUAAGGACACCUCCAGAGAUGCAGUCCCACACUCUCAUCACAGUUUGGCAUGGAGAAAUGGCGGUCAGGUUUCUAUGGCAACUGUACAACACCCAGUGAGUUUGGUGCAUUAGUAGACUCUUCCAUGGAACUUCUUGGGCAUUAUACAGUACCUUGCCAACCCAACUGGCCAGUGUCAGCUUUGUCUCUCCACGCUGAACUGUGCAGAGCGCUUGGGACCUUGUCUCUAGGGUUAUGCUUUAGCUAUAUGCAAAUGCUGAAAAAAUAAAAACAAGAUACUAAAAACAUCUCAAUUUUUUCAGUAGAUUAUGAUCGUAGCACAAAAAUUCCAGCACAUACACACCCUGGAAUGUUAUCAGUGAGGGAAUUAAUGGUUGUACGAGGAAUGUUCUACCAUGCUCAAUGCUCUUGGAUAUGCGAAUCAUCACCACCUGCAGACUUGUCUCCCAUCUAGCACAUCUCGAGGAAGUUAAAUGAAAUGGAAGCUGGAUAUUUUCCUGCAACUUCCUCAAAGAACAACACGAAAGCUAGUCAGUGUGGGAAGCCGCAGAAACAAAUUCUAUCUACUUUGGUCGCUUUUAAUGUGUUGUGCCUAUACUCGCACAACACAGUCACGUGAGUGUGUUUUCCACAUAUUGUUAAAGCCCCCUCCUGAUACCAGGAUUCCACACAAGGGAGUGCUCCUCUGAUUUUUGCUUGUAUCUAGCACAUCUGGGACGCCAUUGGUCGGAAAUCAUGGAGCUGGCAGAGGUGAACCUUAAUGAUUUGCAUUCCCAAGUGCAGCAUUGCAGAACAUUUCACAGACAACCAUUUCUAACCUCAUUGAUAGCAUGCUAUGGUGUUGUAAUGCAUGCACUUCUGAAUGAGGUGCUCAUUCUCAGUACUGAGAUGUUUUGUAUAUUUUGUUUCCUUUUUUUUAAUCAUUUGCAUAUCAAUGUUUAGUAAUGUACAGUAGCUUUGGCUUAUUUUUUGGUUGACCAACAACCCCCAAACAUGUGAAAUGAACACUUAGGCUUGACAUCAUGUUUUGGUAUGAAUGUAUUUGUGACCAUCUGAUUCCCACUUUGCUUCCACGUACUGUAUGUACUGGGGCAAAUAUUAAAGAUAAACCUGGCAGGUCCCUGGGCUUCUCCCUUCACCAAGGCUGUUAAUCAGGCCAGUCUGGACGGGAGGGCAUGGCAAGUUUGACUGUGAGAUGCUGCAUCCUCUCUACUGUAACUGGUCAUGUCAUACCCCAUUUUUUUUUUAAGCUCUUUGCUGCAUCCAACAGAGCUGAGGAAAACAGAUUAGGAACUGCCCUCCUCACAUGCAAGGUCCUGGGAUCAACGAGUGUCCCUGGGGACUUGACUGUUUCUGUUUAACUUUUUUUCUCUUUGGAUGUAUUUUCUUUUGGAAUAUGCUCUAUAUGGAGGAGAUUUAUCAUUGUUAUCUUUAGAAAGUCAUUUAUUUUUCCUUUGGAUUUCCUUAUGUGCAACAUAUAUAUGAUACUAUGGUGGGGUUUGAUAAAUUUGGACAAACAACAAUAAAUCACUUCAGAACACCAUUUUGCAUGAUUCCUCCUCAACUUUUUGAAAGUGCUCUCUAAAGCCAGUUAUGCAAGUCAGGUCUGGACUGGUGUAGAUUUGCAGUGUUUUGGAGGGCUUUGCGACUUUUUGUGCAACAUUUGUACUUGAGAAAUCCAUUACUACUUCAAAGUGAAAACAGAAAUUGACUUUAAAUUGAAUUUCUUACUGUGCAAAGUCACAAAAAAAAAAAAAGUGCU